AUGGCCCCUCGUGCUGGUCGGCGCGGUGCCGGCACUCAGAGGGGUGGGCCUGGAAAGCCUCGCGGCGGGGGAAUCACGAAACAGCGAGGCACGCCUAGAGUUGAUAAAGAUGGCGAUGUGGCAAUGGAUGUGCCUGUAAAUGCACCAACUGGUCCUUCCGGAGGGCGUGGACGUGGGCGCGGCCGCGGCCGUGAUGGAUCGAGUCAACCAUCCACCAGGCUCGCGCAAAAUAUCCAAAGCUACCUUGGCUCCGACGGCUCAAAACCACAGUUCAACAAAACAACAUUAAAGAUCUUCGGGCUCAAAAACAGCAAGGCUGCCAGCAAUGCUGAUGGCGGUGUUCGCUCGCUUCUCGAGUUUCUCGAGCGGAAGGCUUCCAGGGAAAAGACCAUCACGCUUGGCAAGGGAACACUUGUUGGUGACUGUGUCUGGGUCAAAGCCAGCAAGGCCGACGCGCCCAACCUCAUACGUCUAAGCGGAUACACGUUUGCCGGCGCCGAGUUGACUAUCGAGGAGACCCAGGAGCCAAUCCCAUCUACCGACGGCAAAGCACCCCGGGCAGCUACCAGUGAGACAAAGCAGAAGUUGACGGCUGUACUGGCCGCCCGCUACAAUGCUGAACAGAAACUGCUCGACCUCUCAUCCCUCGGUACCGACGAGACGCUGAAGAGCUUGGGCACCUUCGAGUCUCAGGCCCUUGCAGAAAAAUCCUUCAAGGCGCUUGUGCACCUUGCUGGCUCCGAGUAUAAGGAUCCCGAGGAAAGGAGAGUAGCAAUCCAGGCUGUAUCACUUGCUCGGAACGACAUCCGGGAUGUUGAGGAGGUCUAUGCGCUGGCAAAGUCUCUUCGGCAUUUGCGCCGACUCGAUCUGAGCGGCAACAACCUAGAGAAUUUAGCAAAGCUAUCUAAAUGGCGAGACGAGUUCCGCUACUUGGAGGAGCUCCACCUCGCGGGCAACCCCGUCGCGAACCAACCGAACUACGCGGCCGAGAUGGUCAACUGGUUUCCCUGCCUCCAGAUCCUGGACGGCCAGCAGGUCAGAACACCCGAGCAGGCGGCCGAAGCGCUCAAGGCGAUGAGUCCGUCUCCGGUUCCGCAAUUUCCUUCCAACGUACGCGACGGCGACAACGGCGUUGCCGGCAUCUUUCUUCGCACCUUCUUCCCGCUAUUCGACAACGACAGGUCGGCUCUUGCCGCGCAAUUCUACGACGAGGACUCGUGGUUUUCUCUUGCCAUUAUCGCAUCCUCUGGACGUGACCUACCUUGGCAGAAAUAUCAAAAAUUUUCCCGGAACGUUCAGAAGCUCGGCAGCCGGAACCCGGCAUCACUGCAACGGCUAUUCACAGGCGGAAACUUGAUCGCGGACCUGUGGAAGUCACUUCCUAAUACUCAGCAUCCCAGCGUGGACCAACCUGAGCAGUGGCUAAUCGAUUGCCACACCUUCCCCCAUCUCGCCGAUCCCAACUCUCUCGGUACUGCCGUCGGUCUCAUCAUCAACGUCAACGGGCAGUUUGAGGAAGCGGAUCCGGCCGACGGCCUCCGCGGGAUACGCACCUUCUCGCGCACUUUCAUUCUCGGUCCUAGCAAGAUCGGCGCUCCCCAUCCAUACCGCGUCAUUAGUGAUGAGCUUACACUUCACAAAUGGACGCCCCAGCCCGUUCAGGCGGUCCAGCCAAUCCAGCCGGUCCAGCCAGUUCAACCCGUCCAGCCCAAUGCUCUGCCAUCGGAUGCUCUGAAGGCGCAGCUGAUCAUGGAACUCUCGAAACGAACUGGCAUGAACGCCCAGUAUUCGGAAAUGUGCCUAACUGGCGCGGCCAACUGGAAUUUUGACAUGGCCCUCAGAUCGUUUGAGGAGCAGAGGGCAAACUUGCCCCCGGCGGCCUUUAUUUCGCCUGCUGCCUAG